AUGAAAGUGAAAGCAAAAAGCCCCAAAGCGAAAUUUGGGCUACCCACAGUCUUCCUCCUCUGUUCCCUCUUCUUCUUCGCUGGCUUGUUCACCUUCACCCUCCUCUCUCAUGUCUCCUUCCCUCAAUUUCUCUCCGGUCCACGCUCGGUCUCCAGAACGCUUCAAUCGGAAGAUGGCGAAGAUCACGGUCCAAUGCCGCAAGGCGAGACCGGAGACAGCUUUAUUCAAUCGAUUCCAUUCCAGGUUUUGAGUUGGAAACCGCGGGCUCUUUAUUUUCCGAGAUUUGCAACUGCGGAGCAAUGCGAAAGCGUGAUUGAAAUGGCGAAGACUAAGCUCAGGCCGUCGGCAUUGGCUUUGCGAAAGGGAGAGACUGCUGAGAGCACAAAGGGGACUAGAACAAGUUCAGGCACAUUUAUUAGUGCAUCCGAAGAUGAAACUGGAAUCCUGGAGAUUAUUGAGGAAAAGAUUGCCAGGGCUACAAUGUUACCAAGGACCCAUGGAGAGGCAUUCAAUGUUUUGCGGUAUGAGAUUGGCCAGAAGUAUGAUUCUCAUUAUGAUGCAUUCAACCCAUCGGAAUAUGGUCAACAGAAAAGCCAAAGAUUUGCUUCCUUCUUGUUGUAUCUUUCUGAUGUAGAAGAAGGUGGAGAAACCAUGUUCCCUUUUGAGAAUGGCUUACAUAUGGGUAUGAGCUAUGAUUACAAGAAAUGCAUUGGUUUAAAGGUUAUGCCCAGGCAAGGGGAUGGACUUUUAUUUUAUUCAGUGCUUCCAAAUGGCACAAUUGAUCAGACAUCUCUUCAUGGAAGCUGCCCAGUGAUCAAAGGGGAAAAAUGGGUUGCAACAAAGUGGAUUAGAAAUCAAGAAGAUCUGGAGUAA